AUGGCGUCCUUCAUCAAGUCAGAACAUUACGAGACCUAUCCAGGAGUGUCACCAACUCUAGUCCGGGAGGAGUUUUCGGGCAAGACGGUCCUGUUGACCGGAGGUGGCUCAGGAAUUGGAACAACCAUGGCCUGUUCAUUCGCCGAAGCCAACGUGGCCGAGCUCAUUCUCAUGGGUCGAAAUGAGUCUACACUAAGGGACACCGCUGAGAACCUUGCGGCGGAGUUUGUCAAUCUGAGGGUAUCAAUCCAUGUGGGGAGUGUGUCAAACCAGGACGACGUCGCAGCCGCCUUUUCCAAAAUGGAACGGUCUCCAGACAUACUGGUCAACAAUGCCGGAUACCUCCCGGAGCCAGAUAUUUUUGUCGACGCGGAUUUGAAAGACUGGUGGCAGGCGUUUGAGACCAACGUCUUCGGUACAGCUGUUGUCACACAGGCUUACCUCCGACACCGCAGAGGACACAGGGCCAGCACUCCGGGUGUCAUAAUCAAUAUCAAUACUAGAGCGGCGCACGAUACAAGCAUGCCUGGCCUGAGUGGCUACUCAUCGAGCAAAGCGGCGAUUCUGCGGAUGGCGGAAGUCAUCGCCAUCGAAAUACCAGCGUCAGAGGCGCGCGUCAUCUCACUCCAUCCCGGGGCGGUGCAGUCGGCCAUGCUAACCAAGUCCAAGCUGAACAGAUCCCAAACUGAUGUGAAGCUUGCAGCGGACUUCGUGGUAUGGGCAGCCUCAGAGAAGGCUGCGUUUCUGAACGGGCGAUUCGUGUGGGUGAACUGGGACGUAGACGAGUUGGUCUCGUGGAAAGACAUGAUUAUCCAGAGGGACCUUCUGAAGACCUGUCUCAAAGAGACGUAA